UCAACAUAGUGUAGACUGACAGUGUAGACUGCAGACUGUGUAGACUGCAGCCGGCGAGAUGGCAAAACCAGCGGUGCAGGCGUUUGUGUACCGUAUCAGCACGGCGGAUGAGUGGGCACAGCUUCAGCGUACCGGCGGCACCCUCGGCGGCGAUCUCGACCGCUCCACCGGCUGCAUCCACCUCAGCGACCUCAGUCAGGUGAAGAUGACGUUAAAAAACUUUUUCCUUGGAAGGAAUGAUCUAUACCUGCUACAGGUCGACACUUCCAAGCUUUCAGAUGGCUUAGUUUAUGAGGCAGCUGAUGAUUCAAACUACUUUCCUCAUUUCUAUGGCCCUGGUCGGAGUUUUGCACCUCUUCAACUAGACGCUGUUAUCAAGGCAGAGAAAAUAGUUCUGGUGAACCAUGAUUUCACAUGCAGUGUACUUGAUGGAGCAGAACCAUGAUUCUGAUGUGUAAGGAGGACAUUUCCCUGUCUUUUUAAUGUUUUGACAAAUUUCCUACAUGAUACUAAAAAAUAUACAGUUAUUGGUGAAAAAACACUGUAAAUAGCUGCCUUACCAGUUACCACAUUCUGGUACCUCAGGAACCUUCCCUUCGAAAAUGCAAAAAUAUUAUUGUUUCA